AUGCAACUGGCAGUAUGUUGACGUAACAUGAUGGCCGUAUUGAUUGGAAGCUACGUCAUCUUCUCAUGUGGGUGGUGCUUUUAAGCCAACAACUACGAAGACGCCGCUUGAAGGCAUUAACCGUCUCCACUUCAGUUACAGUGUCAGAGAGGGCGUUUAACUGCCGUACAAACCCUUCGAAAAAAUUAGGGCUGCUAGUAUGUCUGGCAAAUCAACUUCUCGACCUUUCAAUCGUACUCACGAAGACUCGAUCUCGACGUCAGGUAGGAGUUUGCUCCUGGUCGACGUCACGGUCCAGGCCACUGAGCAACGGGCCUAAUCAGGCUGAAAGAAAACGGCCCCAAGACAUGCACUCCUGAGUAUGCACGGAAUUUAGAUUCAGGCGCCAUUUCGGUAGAGAUUUCAUAUGCUUCUCCAACUAUAGGCCAAACAAGGCCUAUGAAAACUUUGCCAAUAGACGUAGCUUGAUCCGAUUGAUUGCGGCUCUCUCCUUGUUUGCAGGAAUUCCAAUCUCUUUGGCCCCAGCUGGAUCUAAUCAUCGAUGGCGGUCGUAUCAUUGCUGAUGAAGGUGCGGAUCCUGACUCAGGUAAUCAGAACGCUAGCAGAGCCGGCUCCACCGUCGUAGACCUCUCCGAGUGCGUCCGGUCUCCUGGUUCUAACCUCUACACCAUUGUCCGUGAAGGAAGGUGGGUCCUGAAGUGCAGUCUUUUUCAUCUCUACUAGAGUGACCCAGAUUAGUUACAAACUCAAAAAAACGAUUUUGUUCUUAAAUUUUCUUUCAGAAGCCCGAGCCCUGUCCACUUACGCCGGUUUUCUUUAAAACUGAAUUACCAAGCCUCGUGAUUGUGGCCAGCAUCAGCAGUGUAAACCGAAUUUGCCUGGCUGUACCAAUAUGGACUUAUCGUGAUCCGCAAAUUAGUAGUAGACUGACUCACGGGGGGAUACUUAUCAGGCAGCGUUGAGUCCGCGCGAACCCAUAAUUGCCGUCAUGCACGCGUUAGACAUCACGCCAUGUCCUCCGCUACGUCCAAUCCCACCACCAGUUGAGGUUCGGGCAAUCGACUGGCGCAUGGGAGGGGGAAAGGAGGGUGAGACCGGCACCGGGGAAUCUAACCCCGCGGUCAAUUAGUGCAUUCCUCACUUUAAUAAAUCCAGCGCUCUUGAAUCUAUUGCUACCUACGUGCUAUCAUUGGAUGGCCUAGGAGGCUGCCAACUGACGGCUAGACUCAGUCCUCAUGAGAGUAUUUUGGAAUGACUGGAGAGCCGAUAGCCAGACUGCAGUGGUUCCUUCCAAGUGUCGCCUUUAUGAUAUUUUCACUAAUGUGAAGUCCGAGUCGCCAUUUUGGAAAGCCACUGCAUGCUGUGGGACAAGGUCGUUUGAGGAGCGCAUAGACGAAUUGUUAAGCUGCCUUAGUCACUCCACUCCCCGCGGUCACCUCCGUCCGUCUUGGCAUCGGAGCAAGGCGAGCAGGUUUGCCUCCGUACGCAAGUCAACGUUCCCGCGCCCGCUCACUGGUGCAACACGCGGUGAACGUCGUUGGGGUUGGGCAAGGGUCGAGUACGCUGCUCUGCCCCCAAGUGUAAGUGCAAUGUGGAUGCAUUGACAGUAAAGGAAACCGAAGGGGGAUGCUGAAAGGGUUAGCGGGGAAAGUAACCGAGGCUGAAACGGGAAAGGCAACCUGGUGUAUGACAGGUCGGCCACCAAAUUAACUGAGGCCUAGAAUCCCCGCAAAAGUCGACAGGAAACGCGGGGCAGCAAAAACCCAAACCUAACGGUAAACGUAACCGUAACCUCGAAAGUAAACCUUAUCCUUAAUGCCAUUAUAAACCUAACGCUAACCCUAAACUAACCACAAACCCUUGCCCUAAUCCUCCCCCUGCCCUGACCCAAAUCCUAACUUUAACCCUAACCCCAACCUUGAAUGUAACCCUACCCUAACUCUGACACUAGCCUCAACCCCAACCUUAACACUGAGCGCAAACCGAAACCCCGAUCCAAACCCUAACACUCACCGGGACCCUUAAACUUUAUACAGACCCUCGACUUAAACUGAAUUUUCAGCUUCACAUUAAUCCAAACCCUAGAACUAACCCUACCUCUAAACCGAAACAUCAGGUUGCCCUUUUCCGUUUUUGCGUCGGCUACUUUCCUGUUAAGGCCUUCAGCAUCCUCCUUCGGCUUACUUUACUUGAAAUGCCUACAUUCCGCUUCCACUUGGGAUCAGGACAGCGUAACCGGUCCCUACCCAUCGUUGCCCAAAACAAUCGAAUCAUCGGUAGUAAACGCCAAAUUAAUUAAUGCAACCAACGUUACCUGAGUGUCACUAAUGUUAGAUUCCACACGGUUUGCCAGCAUCCACUUCGUAACCUGUUUCUAAACUAAUCUGACGGACUUCCAUCUCUUCAGCACGCAGAAUCAUUUUAGUGGUAAAUGCACGAACGUUUCAAAGUCGUGUGUGGACGGUAGGCGACCGUAAAGCAGGCUUAACAGGGUGCGUAUUCAUAUUUAACUGAAAAGUAACGUCAGUUGUUUAACAUUGAAACACUAGGAAAAAGUGUGGGAUCGAAAGCUAUCGGAAAGACAUCAGAGCCAUGCUCCCCAUCGCAGCACGAUGGCUUUUGCGUUCGUUAUGCUUCAUGGUGAUGGAAAACUUUUGCCCCUGGAACGGCGCACGCGGUAGAUGGGCUGAACCAACACGGGGGAGCCACAUUGGGGUCCGACGGGCACUAUGGGGAAUGCGCAAAUGCCAACAUUCGGGGCGUGGCAGCAGGCUCGAUUGCCAGUUCACAUCGCACCCAUCCGGAUGCGUGCCUUCCUGCUAUUUUUUGGGGCAAGUGUUGUGAGCCGGGGGUAGGGUGGUACCCCUUGGUGUGGGUUCCGCCGUGUCAGUCACCUGCUGUCUCUCCCGCCUUCGAUAUUCCUGACUCUGUCUUGACACCGGGUUUAGGCAGGGAGGAGAGAUGCGAGAGUGCGGCAGAUGCUGCGCAAGUGUGGUAGCUAAUUCAUGCGAAAUUCACCGUCUCUGCAUUUACCGUGCUGUGGAGUAUACAGCCAACAUCGUCGGUCGACCUGUCGGUGAGACAUAACUGAUAUUAGAAACAACCUCAUUUGGAGCGAAUGUCUCUUAACCCUCCCUUGGCGUGCAUUUCUAAAGUCACAUUUUGACCAAAACACUGUUAGUUUCACUGAGUCUCUGUGGAACAUCACUUAGUAACCGCCAGUUAUGCGACGAUGAGACGUCUGUACAGUAGGCGCGCUAGUUCAUGAAAUGUUGACUAAAAUUCUGAAAUGCGUUUUCGUUUCGAAAAGAUUAAUUAAGUAGGGUCUCAAAGUAAAAUAUAAUGCGGCAGAAUUCUAUAAUAAUACAGAUGCCUUGGGCUGCCGGUUUUUGAACGAUCAUCUUUUUGACCGCAUGAAAAGACCACGUUCCGUAAAAAUGACUACUUAAGUACUCAUAAAUUUUCCUCAUUGGUUUUCGAUGCCCUUAUAAAUUCAAUUAUAUUCCAUGUAAAACAUGCCUAAAAUAUUCAUUCUUUUGCUCAUUCGGUGGAAAAUUACGUCAUUUUCAAAUUUUAUUCUCAAAGAAAGGGUGUAAUUCGGUUUUAAAAAGUUUCUAAUUGCGAGAUGUUUUAGUACCGUGAAAUUCCUGUUCAUAAAACAUAGUGUCUCAGCAUUUACUAAUGUUGCUUGUAAAGUUUACAAUAUGGCUCAGAUCCACCGCUUAAUUUUAUGAACCCCGUAUGGUCUGCUCUUAAUACCGUAGAGAAAUAUGUGGUUUUCCGUACGCAGGAAAUAUGCGGUUUGUAGUUUGAAAACCCUGAAUUAUUCGGGAAUUGAAAGUGUUCUUGAAAACCUGAUUAUACGAUUCCUUCGAUUAUAAGAUUAGAAUAAGACGCGAUUUUUACCGAAUGAGUUCAAGAGUUAAUAUUUAUAUGCACGUUUCCAUGACAUAUAAUUGAAUUUACAAUGGCAUCGAAAAUCGAUGAGGAAAAUUCGUGCUACUUAAGUAGUCAUUUUUUGCGGAGCGUUAUCUUUUCAUGCGGCCAAAAAGAUGAUCAUUCAAAAACCGACUUCCCGAGGUAUCUGUAUUAUUAUAGAAUUAUGCUGCACGAUAUUUAACCUUUUCGAUACGAAAACCCAUUUCAGAAUUUCGGUUAACAUUUCAUGAGUUAGCACACCACGCAAGCCGUGUAACGUCAAAACUCGCACCGUAUCAUUCUGAAGUAGUUUGACGGACUUUCCGGCCGUGCAGCCGUCGUUCUGUCUAGGGUUAGGUUUGUUUCAAUAGUUUCGUUUUAUGAUUUUACUCGCAGAACAGACAUCGACCAAACUUGGUAUUUGACUUCUAACCAAUGAUCAUGGCAGUGCUCAUACCAGUGCAGUCAGCUAUUCCAGUCUGCAGCGGGUUGACGAGAAUACACUUGAGGGGCCCUUCCACACACUUGAGCUACAGCCUACCUGUAUCUGAGUGGCAUCUAAGUGGCACGGAAUGCCAAUGAGUCAUUGUUAACUUACCCAUAUUACUGAUCUAGCAGUCAUCCUGCUUCUGGUUCGUUUUAGCGCCCUCAUUCAGACCGAAAAAAUCUUGGCGCGAUUCGGGUUGAGGCGAUCAACACCUACGUGA